GCCAUGCAUAAUUUUAUCCAUGGAAACAUUGAGGAGGCUCUAUCCACCAUUGAAUCGAUUGACCGCCUAAUUUUUGGUGCUUUCUAGGGUUGAGGUUCGCCUGUGUGCUCGAAAUUGACGCUGAGUUAGAAUGUGUAUUUCUUUUGUUCGUGUAGCUCGUUAAUUAAAAGCUUUUCAGUUUUACAUCCGCCAUUUAAGACAUUAGGCAUUACUUGCUUCGAUCAUCACGAAAGAGUGUGUGUGUACGCCCGGAUUCGAACCUAUACCACUACGUGUUCAUAAAUGUAGCAAGCAAAUACGGGAUUACGGAAAUACCUACAGCUAACCAGUGCCGAUGCAAGAAUUCGUGCGGUAGCUGGUGCCUGCCAAAAAACGCAACCCUCUAAAUGAUCGUGUUGUCGUUGAAUUGUUCACGCACAUGCGUAUAUCUCUAUACAUGCAUACAACAUAUAUCGUCUAGUUUACUGCCAUUGCUGUCCCAUUAAUAAUUCAAGAUCUACUGAAAAGUAUAAUUUACGUAACGAAGAUCAAUCAUGCGGGUGCUGCAUGUUGCUGAGAAGAAUGAUGCGGCAAAAAAUAUCGCUGCAAUACUCUCUAAUGGAACCCAUCGCGUACGUGAAGGAUUAUCCGUGUACAACAAGAUCUACGAGUUUACGGGACGCUUUCGUGAUGUGCACAAUGCUGAUAUGCGAAUGACGUCUGCGUCUGGUCACAUUGUCAAUUUUGCCUUUCCGGAAAGCUACAAGCACUGGGAAAGUGUUGACCCAGUGGCGCUGUUCGAUGCUCCGGUUGUGCAGCGCUGUGAAACGGAAACCGCAGAACAAAUUAAGCGGACUCUUGAAAGGGAAGUUAGUGGGUGUGACCAUCUCGUACUGUGGACCGACUGUGAUCGCGAAGGAGAGGCGAUUGGAUUCGAAAUUAUCGACAUCUGUCGUGCUAUUAAACUACAAAUUAAAGUCUGGCGUGCUAAAUUCUCUGAAAUCACACGGCCUUCAAUACAACGCGCAAUGGCCACCUUGGGUCAACCCGACGCCAACCUUAACAACGCUGUCCUCGUCCGCGCAGAACUCGACCUUCGUAUUGGAGCGGCUUUUACCCGUUUACAGACCCUUCGUGUAGGCCGUCAGUAUGUAUCGACAAAUGGCAAAGUCUUAAGCUACGGAAGUUGUCAAUUUCCAACUCUUGGGUUCGUCGUUGAAAGGUAUAAGGAAAUCGAUCGUUUCGAAGCUGAAACAUUUUAUAAGAUCGAGAUGACUCACGAAAAAGAUAACAUUCACGCUGAGUUCAAUUGGCGAAGGGGACGAAUAUUUAAUCACGCCGUUUGUUUUGUGUUAUACGAAAAAAUGCAAGAGCGACCGGAGGCUCGAGUUCAGAGGAUUACAUCAAAGCCUAAAUCUAAAUGUCGGCCUCAGCCAAUGGAUACCAUCACCUUAGAAAAACUUGCCUCUCGCAAACUUCGGAUAACGGCAAAAGAAGCCCUCAAACACGCCGAAGCUCUUUACACUGCUGGUCUCAUCAGUUAUCCUCGUACGGAUACUAAUAAAUUUCCGCCUGAGUUUCAGCUUGCAUCUCUUGUAGAAGCCCAAACCGCAAGUCCUCAGUGGGGCGAUUUCGCCCAAAAAAUUAUGAACGAGUGGGGUGGACCACACCCCCGCAACGGCAACAAAUUCGACCAGGCUCAUCCUCCUAUCCAUCCAACUAAAUAUGCCAACAUCAACCUUCAGGAUAAUAAAGGCAAGGUAUAUGAACUGGUAGUUCGUCACUUUUUGGCUUGUGUAUCGGAAGAUGCACGAGGUCAGGAAACUCAGGUAGAAGUUACCGUCGACGAGGAGCAUUUUUCACUCAACGGAUUACAGGUUCUUCAACGAAAUUACUUAGAAGUGUACCCUUACGAAAAAUGGUCAUCCAAGGAAAUACCAGUGUACAAUGAACAAGAGAGAUUUCUACCUUCUGGUCUAUUCAUACGUGAGGGCCAGACAAGCGCCCCGAAUCUUUUAACUGAAGCCGAUCUCAUUGCGCUAAUGGAAAAACAUGGCAUCGGGACAGAUGCAACGCAUGCUGAACAUAUCGAGAAGGUCAAAGAUAGAGAAUAUAUUGGACUCUGCGACGAGUCGCAUCUUGUACCUGGCUUAAUUGGAAUGGGUUUGGUCGAAGGCUAUGACAAUAUGGGUUUCGAGAUGAGUAAACCGAAACUACGGGCAGCGCUCGAGCGAGACCUUCAGAGAAUUUGCGAUGGGACAAUAGAUCAUCAGGUUGUUCUCCGCGGGCAAAUUGAAGCUUAUCGUCGAGUGUUUGUUAAUGCCGUUCAGCAGCUUAACAAACUCAGCGAAGCAUUCGCAAAAUUUUUAGGGGAGAAUCCUUUGGAAGGGGUUCAUCACGACGUGCCUACCAUUCAGGACGCAAUACCCUGUCCCCAGCUCUGCGUCAACGGGCGAAUGGUUCUGAGGAGAAAUCGAGCUCGCGAUAAAUGGUUCCUAUUUGCAGCCUGCUGUCAGACAAUGAUGUGGAUGCCCAGCGAAAGCCUUCUUGGAUGUGAGGUGUCUGAAGAAUUGUGUGACUUGAGCUGUAAUAAUACCACGCACAAAAUAUGCUUUAAACUACAGCCGGGUAAAUUCACGCAACUACCUCGAAUGUACGUCGCCUGCGUCGUCUGUGAUCCAGACCCUCGGAACCUUUUCAAUCUCCGUUUUGUUCAGGGAACUUCUCCUGGCACACAUAGCAACAACGGCCGUCAAAAUGGCGCUGCCAGCCAUAACAGGGGUAACCGUGUAGCCGGAAGUUCUGGUAGGGCUCGUGGAACCGGGAGAAGGGGCGCACCUCGAAAUUGUGGAGCCUGUGGAAGGUCCGGACAUCGUAGAACUACUUGCCCCAACAACGGUGGCAGAGCAUAAUGUACACUAGUGUUAAGCUG